AUGGUGUUCCAACUCCGUCCAUGGCAAUAUUUGACGCUCGCGGCACUCCUGGCGUUCGUCGCCUCGGUGUACAUCAAGAGAUACAGAAAAUGGAAGAAGGUCGCCGCCCUGGGCAGUGAAGCGCCGCGGGUCACAACUCGGUUCAUCUUUGGCCUGGAUUUCCCUGUUCAUUCGACACUGGCGAUCCUCAGAAACGAAACGCUGGAAUUCUGGGACUGGAUCUACGAACACACCGGCACCGACAGCAAAGGAACGGCCUCGUACACGGCCGAGCUUCAUCUACUGGAGGAUGUUCGCGUCAUCUUUACCGCAGACCCAGAGAACACCAAGGCCAUCUUGACGACGCAAUUCCAGGAGUUUGGUAAAGGUGAACAAUUCCAUGACGAGUGGCAGGACUUCCUAGGCGAUAGCAUUUUCACCACCGACGGGCAGCAAUGGCACAACUCGCGACAAUUGAUUCGUCCAAUGUUUAUCCGCGAGAAGGUCGCUGACCUGCCAUUGAUCGAGACUCAUGUCCGCAAACUCAUAGCGUUGAUGGGCACGGGAGACGGGAGUGCGGUCAUGUUGAACAAACUGUUCUUCCGAUUCAGCCUUGAUGCGUCCACCCACUUUCUAUUCGGCCACACCGUUGGCAGCUUGGAUAAAGAACAGUCGGCUUUCGCUGCUGCCUUUGACGAAGUUCAACGCGUCCAAUCCCUAGAGGGCCGCUUGGGGCCCUUGAAGCACUUCCGCAGCAAGAAAUCCUUCUAUGACGGACUGAAGACCAUGGAGCGUUUCAUUGAGCCGUUCAUUGACGAGGCACUUUCAUUGACUCCGGAAGAGUUGGAGACCAAGUUAUCUCGCUCAGACACCUUUAUCCACGCACUGGCCCGAUAUACCAGAGAUCGAAAGGUUAUGCGCGAUCAGCUCGCGGCAUUGCUGUUGGCCGGCCGCGAUACCACCGCUGGAACACUGUCCUGGCUUUUCCUGGAAUUGGCCAAGAAUCCUCGCGCAGUUGAGAGGCUGCGUGCAGAGAUCAAGGAAGUCUUGGGAACUGAUGGUCGACCGCCAACCUAUCAAGAGAUCAAAGACAUGAAGUAUUUGACGUACACUAUCAACGAAACCCUGCGGCUCUAUCCGAUAGUCCCAUUCAAUGUCCGUUCAGCACUCUCAGAUACUACAUUGCCUCGAGGUGGGGGGAAAGACGGCAAUGCACCAGUGGGUUGUCCAAAGGGUACAGUGGUAGGAUACAGCACUUUGUCGAUGCAGCGAAGAAGAGACCUAUAUCCACCAAUUUCGCCAACGUUUCCCUACGACCCCCUCGAAUGGUGGCCAGAGCGCUGGGCGACCUGGACCCCCAAAGCGUGGAACUUCAUCCCAUUCAACGGCGGACCCAGAAUAUGUAUCGGACAGCAAUUCGCCAUGGUAGAGAUGGGAUACACGAUCGUCAGGAUCCUGCAGGAAUUCGACCAGAUCAUUGAUUAUGGGAGCAAACGGACCAUGCAUGUAGAGAUUAUCCUGACUCCAGCAGAGGGCGUGAAAGUGGGAUUUCUCAAGAGUGAAAACAAGAGAGAGAAGGCUUGA